AUGGCGAAUCCACAUCCUAAAGUAGCUAGUAAACCUACAAAUUAUCGCAAUGCGAUUCAUCCUAAUAAUCAUAUCGAUAAUGAGUUUAAGGAUAAUAUCGCGAAGGAGAAGGCGCGCGCCGCGGCGAGAAAGGGCCUUGGCCGUCUGGUCUGCAGCUUUACCCUGGCGAAGCUUUCCAAGCAGAUCAAAUUCCUUCUCAAAGACGAGGAACUCAAGCAUAUGAAUAUCCAAGCGGAAGGCCUAUCCAUGUCUUUUCCAUCGAAAGAGGAAAUUAAUGAAUCAGUAAUGGGGGAUGGAAAGAAUAAUAUUAGGGAUGCGUAUGUUUCUGUCCGACAGCGCGCCGCGCGGAAGUUUUGGGAUUGGAUGGAGGAUAUACGGCAUAAAACCUCCGCUUCGAAUUCGGAUAUUGGGAAUUUGGCGAGCGGAUACCGCGGCGGCGAGAAGCCUAUGAAUUUUUCCUCUUUAGAUAUUAAUAGGAAUUGUAAACAUUUUGUUUACUGGCGACUUGCACUGCCAGUGGUGGAUGAGGAGGUUAGGGAUAUCCAACAAUAUUUUAGCGUGGUAUCGUUCAUUAUAUUAGCCGUACUUUCCGGAUCCCGCUGCGAUGUCGCGCUCGGUAAGAGUCCUUCGAACGCUAAAGAUAACGCCCUGGAAAAGGGAAAUAGUUAUCGAAAUGAAGCAAUUUUGGAAGGAUCUGAAACGGAAGUUUCUACUGAAGAGUUAAAACUUGGCAAACGAAUAGAGAAUCAAUUACAUUAUUGCCGAAUUGGAAUCCCUUCAGUUGUGGUUCACUGCAUUGCGGGGAAGUCGCGUUCGGCGGCGAUCGUGGUGGCCUUUCUUCUCACGCUCUGGAUGCAAAGGCGCCGCCACCUUAACACGUUGAAACUUCACUAUCUAAUACCUGAUGAAGGUGGUGACUCAAUAAGGAACCUUACUGAGGAAAAGGUGUCAAUACUAGCUGCGGAAUACGUCAAGGCUGCAAUUGAUUACGUGCAAAGUGUACGGUUAUGUGUGUGCCUGAACCCAGGCUUUGUCAGGCAAUUGAAAGACUAUGCAAAGAUUGAACUUCUUAAAGGAUAA